AUAUUUAACUAAAGUUACUAAACCGUCUCCUCCCAAAACGUCGUCAUUCAGUCCCUCUAUCAUCCACAGAAACAUGACCGCAGACACUCUCCCGUUCCAAAACGGCACUUUGUCGAACGGAGAUCUGAGCUCCACGAACCCUAACUCCAACGCCGCCACCGCCACCGCCAAGAAGUCCAAAGAGAGCGAACGGCGUCGGCGCAGGCGCAAGCAGAAGAAGAACAAGGCCUCUCAGCAGGCACCUGAGUCUAAUGCCGACGCCGGAAACGAAACAGACGAAGAUGAAGCCAAGGAGAACGCCGAUCUUCAACCACAGGUUGUUGAGCAAGUUACUAUUGAGUAUGUACCAGAGAAGGCAGAGUUAGUAGAUGGUAUGGAUGAUGAAUUUAGAAAGAUCUUUGAGAAGUUCACUUUUAAUGACACUGCUGGUUCUGAGGAGAAUGAUAAAACAGAUGAGGCUGCCAAAAAUGCAGACUCAAAGAAGAAGGCUGACUCAGAUUCAGAAGAUGAAGAACAGGAUGACCAACAAAAAGAGAAAGGCCUUUCAAAUAAAAAGAAAAAGCUUCAACGAAGGAUGAAGAUUGCUGAACUGAAACAGAUCUGCUCAAGGCCUGAUGUUGUUGAGGUUUGGGAUGCAACAGCUGCAGACCCUAAGUUGCUGGUGUUUUUGAAGGCAUAUAGAAAUACUGUUCCUGUUCCAAGGCAUUGGUGUCAGAAGAGGAAAUUUUUGCAGGGGAAGCGUGGAAUUGAGAAGCAACCAUUUCAGCUUCCUGAUUUCAUUGCCGCUACAGGAAUUGAGAAAAUUCGACAGGCUUACAUAGAAAAAGAGGACAGUAAGAAGUUGAAACAAAAGCAGCGUGAACGUAUGCAGCCAAAGAUGGGGAAAAUGGAUAUAGACUAUCAGGUCCUCCAUGAUGCAUUUUUUAAGUACCAGACGAAGCCAAAACUGACAACUCAUGGUGAUUUGUACCAUGAAGGGAAAGAAUUUGAGGUGAAACUAAGGGAGAUGAAGCCCGGAACAUUGUCACAAGAAUUAAAAGAAGCUCUUGGUAUGCCAGAUGGUGCUCCACCCCCAUGGCUUAUCAAUAUGCAGAGAUAUGGUCCACCGCCUUCAUACCCGCAUCUUAAAAUUCCUGGACUAAAUGCUCCUAUUCCUGCUGGAGCUAGUUUUGGUUAUCAACCUGGUGGCUGGGGCAAGCCUCCUGUCGAUGAAUAUGGACGCCCUUUGUAUGGAGAUGUUUUUGGUGUUCAGCUACAAGAACAGCCCAACUAUGAGGAGGAGCCAGUUGACAAGACCAAGCAUUGGGGUGACUUGGAGGAAGAGGAAGAAGAAGAGGAGGAGGAGGAAGAAGAAGAAAUUGAGGAAGAAGAGUUAGAGGAUGGUAUUCAGUCUGUUGAUACACUUUCAAGCACGCCUACUGGUGUUGAGACACCUGAUGUUAUUGACCUUCGUAAGCAACAGAGAAAGGAACCGGAGAGGCCUCUAUAUCAAGUGCUUGAAGAAAAAGAGGAGAGGAUUGCUCCAGGGACUUUACUUGGAACAACUCACACGUAUGUGGUUAACAGUGGUACACAAGACAAGGCAGGAGCGAAAAGGGUUGAUCUUCUUAGAGGGCAAAAAUCAGAUCGAGUUGACGUCACUCUACAGCCAGAAGAACUUGAGCUUAUGGACAAUGUUCUGCCUGCAAAAUAUGAGGAAGCAAGGGAGGAGGAGAAACUCCGUAGUCAGCGUGAGGAUUUCAGUGACAUGGUUGCCGAGAAUGAGAAGAAGAGGAAGCGGAAAAUGCAGGAAAAGGAAGGAAAGUCAAAGAAGAAGGAUUUCAAAUUUUAGAGUGGACAAUGGGUGUUGUUUUAGUUAGUGAAAGCAGAGAGUUUGAAAUCAGGAAUGCGCAGACACAAAUUUUGUUUUGGUUGGAGCUCUCGUUAUCCGGAGAAUAAUUGCCAAUUGGUGUAAACAAAUUUGUAUUAAAUGUUGUCAUCUAUCACUAAUUAACAUAGACAUAGUUUUGGUGUAAGAUUUUAAAUAUAUAUACAUGAGUAGAGUUGGAUGUAUGGCAACUUUUAAAAAUGA